AUGGCAACCAAACAAGACAUUCAAGUGGCGUCGCUGGCUGCUGGCUUCACGCUUGGCUUUGGAUUCUUGACUGUGUGGAAGGCAAUUCAGCACACCAGGAGAAACAGGCGACCGUGGAAGAGCGCCUAUGUCUACAUGAUCUGGGGCGAGAUUAUUGCCAACCUCGCCAUCGGUAUCAUCGCAUGGGUAUUUCUUGAUGGGCUUCUGUCGCCAACAAUUCCCGUCUUGUUCUUCAUGCUGCUCCUCUGGACGUUUGAAAUCCAGCUACUGAUGCAAAUCAUUGUCAAUCGAAUUGCCAUCAUUGCAGAGCACCAAGACACUGUGACAAGGCUGAAAUGGGGCACGGCUUUCGUCAUUACAUGCAUCAAUAUUGCCGUCUUCUGCAUAUGGAUCCCCUCUCACAUUGUACCACCAGCGAGCGAGUUAUACGUCAAGAUAAAUGAAAUUUGGGAUCGAAUUUCCAAAGUACUCAUCUUGUUAGUCGAUGCAGGCCUCAAUUACUACUUCCUCCGGACCGUCAAGCGACGACUUGUAUUGAGACAUGGCUUAACCAAAUACGCCCCUUUGGUUGCUUUCAACGCCAGGUUGAUGGUGGUAUCUAUCCUCAUGGACGCGUUGCUUAUUGGUCUUAUGUCGCUGCCCAACCAAAUCGUCUAUAUACAAUUUCACCCGGUCACAUACAUGGUGAAGCUGAACAUUGAAAUGACAAUGGCAGACCUGAUUACGAAACUCGCGAGAGGCGAAAACUCGGAUACCCAUCUACCAUCUACGUCGAACCAUAGAACAAUCUCACACGAGGAUCCAGAAGACAACCACCAGACAAAGUCCUACCCCAUGCACACCAUCAACAAAACCAAAGCCGAGGAUUCCUCGUCAGAAGAACUUGGGGAUCUUGGAGUUACAAAAGUUGUCAGUCCUCAUGGGAGACUAAACGGGGUUAUCCAAGUGGAGACGGUCAUUACAUCGCGAAGUACACGCAAUAGCAGGGGAGAGCGUGAGAGGAACAUGGCGCCAAACUUUGAUGCGGAUGAUGAGUACCCCUUGGCUCAUAGUGGUUCGGAUGAUGGGACAAGACAUAGCAAUAUUAGCUCGGUGGCCAUGUGA